AUGAAGGCCUUUGCAUCUCUUACCGCACUAUCACUUAUCGGCACAUGUCUCGCCAUCCCCUGCGUCACACAAGUAUCGUAUUACACGCCUCAGCACCCGUAUCCGGACGAGAGAGAGCCGUUCCUGGUGUGCUGGGACACGCAAACCAAGACGUGCAAGGCGACGAUGAAAUCGCUGCUUGCGAAACCGGGAGCGAACAUUAUAAACACUUGCUCCAACGUCGAUGGAGUGAUUAAAUGGCAUGUGGGAACUGGGUGGACCGUGUUUGGUGUUGAUCUGGAGAGCUUCGAUAUGCAGGUGGAUGUGUCGACGACGGAUUGCACCGUCAAUGCAUACCAUAGUAUAUUCGUGAAAUACUUCGGGCUGCCUUUGGCGGUCCUGCGAACGGAUGAUAAGCCCGCUGCUGUUAGUUCAGCUUGCCCAUUCUAA